AUGGCAGCUCAGGUGGGACCCCUACCACAGCUUAAGCUGCCUUCUGGCCCUACGCCCUAUACUGCAGAGCAGCGAUACUGGCAGAACUUCAAGAACCAGAUCCUGAUUCCGUCGCCUACGAACUUUCCCGUCGUUCACAUCUCGUCCAACAACGAUUCCUUUGCGGUCACAACAGGCACACGCGUGCAGAUCUUCUCGAACCGGACGCGCAAGCUUAUCAAGACGGUCACGCGCUUCGGAGAUGUUGCGCGCAGUGGUGAAAUCAGAAGAGAUGGAAGGGUUUUGACGGCAGGCGACGACACCGGAAAGAUCCAGGUCUUUGAUGUUAGCUCCAGAGCCAUCCUCAAGACAUGGAUGCACCACAAGCAGCCUGUAUGGACCACCAAAUUCUCGCCAACUGAGUUGACUACUCUUUUGAGUACAAGUGACGACAAGACCGUGCGACUUUGGGAUCUCCCUAGCAAUGAUCCCACUACUACCUUUGUUGGCCACUCCGAUUACGUUCGAUGCGCCAACUUCAUGCCAGGUACAAUGUCUAACAUGGUCGUCUCUGGAAGUUACGAUUCGACCGUCAAGCUUUGGGAUCCACGAACAGGAAGCAACAGUGCUGUCAUGACUUUCAAGCAUGCGGCGCCUAUUGAGGAUGUCCUCUCGAUGCCAACCGGAACCACCGUCCUUGCCGCUGCCGGUGAAUCGAUCAGCGUUCUUGACCUGGUCGCUGCGCGCCCCCUACACAUGAUCACCAACCACCAAAAGACUGUUACAUCUCUGAGCCUGGCAUCCAAUGGUCGACGAUUGGUCAGUGGUGGUCUCGAGGGUCACGUUAAGGUCUUUGAGACGACGGGGUGGAAUGUCGUCUCAAGCACCAAGUACCAAUCUCCUGUUCUAUCCGUCAAGGUCAUCCCAUCUAGUGAUGAUGCCGAUGCAAGCGACCGCCAUCUUGCUGUUGGUAUGCAGUCUGGUGUCCUCAGUGUACGAACCCGUCUUAAUGGCACCGAGGCGAAGAAAGAAGCCGAGCGCGAAAAGGAAAUGGCCGCACUUGUAUCUGGCACAAUAGAAGCCCACGAUGCGAAGCGAAAGAAGCGCAAGCGUCGGGUCACUUCCGCUAAGAACCUGGAUAUGGCUGGUGAAGGGGCUGACGUUGUUAUCGCAAACGAGCCUCGGGCGGCCAAGAAAAAGGAGCGCCCCUGGCAGAGUGAUCUACGACAUGCUCGUUAUGCGCGUGCUCUAGACCUGGUCCUCGAUGACCAAAGCCCCGACCAUUCUCCACUCAACGUUCUCAAUCUUCUCCUGGCUCUCCGCCACCGAAGCGCCCUUCGAGAUGCUCUGGAGUCCCGGGAUGAGCAUACAGUUCAGCCCAUUCUGAGAUGGGUCUGUCGCCAUAUUUGCGACCCCCGUUAUUUGAGCGUCUGUGUCGAGGUUGGUCUUCACCUUUUCGAUCUCUACUCGGAGUUUGUCAGUGGCUCAGGAGAAUUGCAUGAUGGAUUCAGGAGGCUACACCGUCGUGUUAAGGCCGAGACGGAGAGAGCCCAAAACGCAUGUCAAAUGGAGGGUAUGCUGGAGAGCAUAAUGCUUGGGACCAUCUAA